AGUUUCAAAUCAUUCGGUGACAAUGUUUCUCUUAAGAAUUUCGAGGCACACUCAAUCGUAUCGCCGAUAUUCGUCCAAAAUUCAUGUCCAGAAUGAAUACAGAGAAUUUUCAGCGGGAAAUAUUCGGAAUACAUUUCUCGAUUAUUUUGUAAAAGACCAUAAUCAUCGACUUAUUCGGUCAAGUCCAGUAACUCCAUUCUGUGAUCCAACAGUUCCGUUUGUCAAUGCUGGCAUGAAUCAGUUUAAAAAUAUAUUUCUUGGAAAAUCGACGGCUCCAUGCCAAAGAGCCGCCAAUUCACAGAAAUGUAUUCGAAUUAGUGGUAAACAUAAUGAUAUCAAUAUUAUUGGUACCGAUGGUUACCAUCAUACAUUCUUUGAAAUGCUCGGAAAUUGGUCAUUUGGUGACUAUUAUAAGGAAAGAGCAUGUAAAUUGGCUUGGAAUUUGCUUACAAAUUCAUAUAUGAUUGAUCCACAACGACUUUAUGUUACAUAUUUUGGUGGUGACGAAAGCAAUGGAUUGGCACCUGACACCGAAUGCAGAGACAUAUGGCGCAGUAUUGGUGUGGCCGAUGAUCAUAUUUUACCAUUUGGUUGUCAUGACAAUUUUUGGGAAAUGGGUCUAUCGGGACCGUGUGGUCCGUCUACCGAAAUUCAUAUUGAUCAUUUGCCAUUUGGCGGCAGUGCCGAGAAACGAGCAAAAUUCGUUAAUGCAGGCACAUCGGAUCUGACCGAAUUGUGGAACAUUGUUUUCAUCGAAUAUAAUCGGAAUAUCGAUGGAAUAUUGCAGCCAUUACAUGAAAAAUACAUCGAUACUGGAAUGGGAUUCGAACGAUUAGUUGCCGUGCUACAAGGAAAAAUGAGUAAUUACGACACCGACCUAUUUACACCAAUUUUCGAUGCCAUUCACAAAGAAUCUAAGAUGAGACCGUAUAGUGGUAUUUUCGAUGCGGCCGAUUCCAGAUAUGAUCUCGACUAUGCAUACCGUGUUGUUGCUGACCAUGCGAGAAUGUGUAGUGUUUGCAUUGCUGAUGGAAUGUAUCCACAAACCAAUUAUCGUUUGCGAAAAAUACUGCGACGAACGAUGAAUAUAUGUGAAACUGUUUUUAAAAACGAAAAUCUCAUUCAAACCGCAAUUCUACCCGAAAUUGUGAAAACAUUGGGCCCCGUUUAUCCCGAAUUAACAAAAAAUUUGAAAAAUAUUCGAGAGACAAUUACCUACGAAAAUGAACAUAACAAAACGAUUCGAUUGAGAAAUCAAAAAGAAUUUAAAUCGUUGAACAUUAGCCCCAAAUCUGAUAUAAGCGAAGAAGAUACGAUUGACUGUUCUGAAUUUUCUGCUGGAUAUCGUGAUGUUGAGAAAUUUUUAGAAUUGAAUUCGUCGAUAAUGAGUUUGCCAAACGAUUUUUUGUACGAUAAAUUGCAUGCAAGAGGCAUACCAGACAAACUCAUUGAAAAAAUUGCUUACGAAAAGGAUAUUAUGGUUGAUAUGGACAAUUUUGCACAGUACAAACAACAGAAAAAAUUUGAAGCCAAAAUGAGCCUGAAAAAUGUGAAUAAAUCAUUUUUAGAUUCAAUUGUUACAGCCAAUGUACCGAAAACUGACUAUAGUUAUAUGUAUGAUUAUUCAUUUGAUUCAAAUGCCAAACAAUACAAUGUUAAGCCGAUAACAGCAAAUAUUCAACUCAUUCAGUGUGGUGAAGAGAACCGUUAUCAUAUUGUAUUGGAUAGAACGAAUUUUUACCAUACUGCCGGUGGUCAAGAUGGCGAUAUUGGAAAAAUGAUCGAUUCAAAUGGCAAUAUUUUCAUUGUAAAUGGUGUUGUAGUGCAAAAAGGGUGUGUAAUUCACAGCGGUUAUUUUGAAAACUCUUCAAGCGAUCCAUUUAAACAAAAUCAAAAUGUAAAAUUAUUUGUUGACUCAUCGAAUAGAACGUCAUUGUCACAGCAUCAUACAGCAAUGCAUCUGCUUCAGGCGGCCAUGAAAAAUGUAACGGGUCAAAUAAUAUUUCAACAAUCGAGCCAUAUAACGUGCAAAGAGUUAAAAUGUGAUUUGGGAUCAAUUGGUCAGCGUAUUGAUCUCAAACAAUUAACGCAAAUUGAAACAAUCAUCCAAAAUGUGAUUGAAGCAAAAGUUUCAAUUGAAACAAGAUUUUUAAUGGCACAUGAUUUGUAUGCAAUGGAUAAUGUGACAAUACUACCGGGUGAAAUUUAUCCAGAUGAAAACGUUCGUAUAUUAACGGUCAAUGAUCCAAUCACAAAUUUCAUAUCAAUUGAACCAUGCUGUGGUACUCACGCUCAAAAUACCAGCGAUUUAAUCGAUUUUUGUAUAACUUCGUUUAAAUUCGGUAGUAAUUCAUAUAAUGUUACCGCUGUAGCUGGUCAAUCAGUUAAAUCUUUCAAAGAAAAUGGGCAACGUUUCUUGAACAAAUUCGAAUUGUUGAAGAGCAGAUUAAACGAUACGAAUUCAUUGGAUGAAUCGAAAUGUAUUGAAAUUGAUGCAAAAGAACUAUCAAAAGAAUUGACUGAACAACCAAUGCCGUAUGUAAUAAAAACCAAAGCAAUGACCGAAAUGAAAAAAUUCGUAAAGAAUAUCGCCCAAUCGCAAAAAGAUCAAUGGCGAAAAAUCAUUACCACCGAAAUGGUAGAUAUUUUAAAUAAACGUGAUCAGAAUAAAGACACAUUCAUUAUUCAUGUAUUGAAUACGAAAGAUGGUCUUGAUGAUUCACUUUUCGAUGACGCGGAACAGGUGUGUCAUGAUUUUCCGCUGAUAUUAUUGAAUGUAUCGAAUAAUAAAAUAAUUCAUGGACGUGCAUGUAUUCCAACCAAAUAUACAACAAAUAAAUUUAAUGUUCAACAUUGGAUGCAAGAGAUCGGAAGAACACUAAAUAUCGAAUGUCAAACAAAUAAGAAGAAAAAACCGUUAGAAAAAUGUUGCUUUGUGAACGUACCAGAUAAGGAAUUCUCACCAAAUAUCCUGAGUAAAGCAUUAGAAAAAGCGACAAUUCGAGCCGAACAGGCAUUUAAUACAGUCGUUUCGGCCGAUCAAAAUGAACGAAAGAUUUUGGAAGAUAAUCUCAUUGCAAGCAUUGAUGGACUGAUAGCAAAGUUAAACAAUGCGAAUAGUGUAGGCCGCAUAAUUGAAAUAGAAACAGAGGUAAAGAAUAUAAAAGAUCACAUGAAAAACAAUCUAUUCAACUAUUUGAUCCAAAGAAAAUGCACAGCUGAGUUGGUGGAUAUUAGUAUUAAAUUGUGCGAAGCUAGAAAAGAAAUUGAGUUAAAUUUUUUGAAUGCUGAGCUAAACGAUUCAUCGAAGAAACAAUUACCAUAUAUUGUGUGCACAAUAAAUACAGAACAUAGACUGGUAUCAAUGAUGUAUUCCACGGAUUUGAAUGCGGACAUUCCCAAUGUCUUAAUCAAUAUAACAAAUGACCAAGUUAUUGGUCGUAUAAGCAUACCAUUGAAGAACUUAAGUGAUCCCUUUUAUUUUCGUGCCAAACACUUGGCCGACGUAUUUAUUGAACAAUUCGGUGGAAAAUGUAUACACGAUUCAACCAGAUACGAUGCAUCGGUGUGUGAUUUUAGUUUGAAUGUUAAGAGCGUUAACAGCGAACAAUUAAAUAACAUGUUUAAAAAAGUUGAACAAAUGUUAAAAGAAAUUUUAGAUGCUUAAUUUUGUUAUUGUUGUAUUUACAAAUAAUUUUAGCCAAGUUUUAUGAAGAAAUAAAAAGUUUGAU